AGUCGUAGUGUAGAGUUAGAUGCUUCCAGCUUCCAGCCCACAUCCACAGCAGAACACACACACACACACACAUGACUCCUGGGAAUAAUCACUGAUUUCCAUUCUUUAACACCCAGAAUGAAUAAGGUGGCACCUCUGCAGAAAAAGAAGAGACAGGAUUUUAUACCUUACUUUCUGGGAUUUGUGAUAUUUUUGUAUUGCACCGUUCAUCUUGUGUCAUUCACAGCAAACACAGCUCAGGAAACUCACUCCUCCAGGGUGCGCCGGGCUCUAGAGAAUGAGACAGAAUGCAUUUCACCACAGUCCUCAGAGUUUCCUCAAGGCUUCUUCACGGUGCAGGAGAGGAAGGACGGAGGCCUCGUCAUUUACUUUAUGCUCAUCUUCUACAUGCUGCUGGCUGUGGCUAUUGUCUGCGACGAUUACUUCCUGCCAUCUUUAGAAGUGAUCAGUGAGCGUUUGGGACUGUCUCAGGAUGUCGCAGGAGCCACGUUCAUGGCAGCUGGGAGUUCUGCACCAGAGCUGGUCACGGCCUUUCUGGGUGUGUUUGUGACAAAGGGAGACAUCGGGGUCAGCACCAUCGUGGGGUCAGCAGUCUACAACCUGCUGGGGAUCUGUGGCGCAUGUGGACUCUUGGCCUCCAUGGCAGGACGUCUCAGCUGUUGGCCACUGUUCAGGGACUGCCUGGCAUAUGGCAUCAGUGUGGCUGCUGUUAUUGCUAUCAUCUCUGAUAACAAGGUCUACUGGUGA